AUGUCUGCUCAGAGCAUAGCUCGCUGGAAUGCAAUUCCCAUGUCUCGACCUGAUACAGACACUCAAGAACAAGCACAAUCUGUACAAAACCAAACUAAUUCUAUGAAGCGUUCUCACCAAGAUGUUGAUGAUGACGAUGACGACGGCGUCUCGCUAGUCUCAAGGUCACCAUCACCUACACCCGAUGCAAUGGACAUUGAAAAAUAUGACGAAUAUGUCCGCGGUCCAGAAAGGGAGGUCAUCACCGUUGAGACCAAGAUCAAAAGCACCAACAAGGGCUUUGCAAUACUCGCAAAACUUGGUUGGUCAGAGGGUCAGCCAUUGGGACUAUCGGCAGACGCGCGCGUCGAUCCUAUACCAUUUCAUGUGAAAAAUGAUUUGACUGGUCUAGGAAAAACGACUCAAGAUUUUCGAAUGAUCGAGACAACAGUUGCCGAAAGGCGCAAGUUGGACUCUGAGAGACAACGAAAAGAAACCGAAUAUCAACGAAAAGCACGAGAGGCGAGCCCAACAGUACUAACAAUAUCACAGAGCAUACUGAUCUUGUUUCAGGACGAUGCCGCCCGUCGGGCUGCACUCAAGUCGGAAAUUUCAGAUACCCUCAAACCGUUCUACUGUUCGCUUUGUGAGAAGCAAUUCCAGAAUGUCGCACAGUAUGAUGAACAUACAAACUCGUACGCGCAUCACCACAAGGCACGCCUCCGGGAUAUGCAAGCCAACACACGCAUCACCACCCAAGAAGAUGUCGAUAAGCGUAAGGAGAAAGAGCGCAAGCGAGAAGAAAAGGAGCUUCGCAAAAUUGCAAAGGCUGCUGGGAUAAAGAUGGCCAAACCUACAGCUACAUCAGCUAUUGUACCUCCUGCACAUGCACCUGCUGCUGCAGAGGCGUCGCUUCCCUCUGAAGCUCAAUCAAGCAACUUCAAGAAAGCUGGCUGGGCAACCGUUUCAGCACCAGUUGAGCCUGCGACUGGUUUCAAGCGGUCGGGUUGGGGAUCUUUGGAUUCCAAUGCGUCCUCCUCUGCGCCUUCCGCACCACUUCCGCCACCGCCAGUGGUUAGCCUGCCUCCAGCUUCUUACAGUGCAGGUACACCAAUGUUUCGCACUGGUGGCUGGACAUCUCUUGACACCGGCAGCUCUCAACCGGUCAACCCACCUCCUCCCGACAACACUGCAGCGCCACCACCUCCGCCACCCAAUGUAGCUCCGCCUCCUCCUCCAGUCACUCCUAUAAAUGCACCCCCUCCAGGCUGUCGGCCUCCAUUCCCGCCAGAAAAUAUGCGUCCACCUAGCGUACCACCCCCUCCCUGCAUGCCCCCAACCAGUGGGCCACCCCCCCUCCCUCCCACGAUAAGCAGCAGGGCACCUACUGCGCUCGUCUCAGAUUCUAAGAGACGAGACCAGAGUUUUCCUCCUGCGCCGACGUUCUCCCAACCGGCGCCUCCAGCAGUAGCUGCCCCGCCUACAUCAACCAGUCUAAAGGCCGCGGUUCCACCGCCUGCUGCUCCUCAAGCAAGAUCAGGCUGGCAGCAGUGGAAGCAAGGCUCUGGGUCGAAGCGGAGAUAG